CAAAUUUAACGUACGGUCCCACUGCGCUUAAGCGGUAAAAAUAAGCGGGAUGGAAGAUUCCGUCAAUUUAAGCACCAGCAUGUGUGACGUGGAGUCGUCCCUGCUCAACCACAACGUGAGCUUCAACAGCACAAUGGUUAUGUCCUCUGCGGACGUUUCGCUCCCCAAAUUGAGCGUGACUCUUUCAGAGGCGGAGAUACUGAAACUGCAGUUACAAAAGCAAGUGGGCGAAGGCUGUGUUUCCCUGGAUGUAUCUGCGCCCAUGGAGUCUAGCCUACAAGAAAGUUCUACGCAGGACAAUAAGGUCGAAGAAGAUAGCGGGCGCAUCAUCGACAUAGAGGACACAUUGAACAACACACAGGAUGUGACGAGCGCCCAGGAGCCGUCGGAGGCUGCUUCCUUCGAUUACUUUCAGAACGGACUGGUCGAGCUUGGUCGACGCUACUGGACCUCUUCGGUGGAGGCUCAGCAUUACACGAAAGGCUGCUACUGGUCUCCCGAUGGGACCUGCCUUUUGGUGCCCGUUCACCUCGACGGGAUGCAUGUCUUAGAGCUGCCCACCGAUCUCUACUCCGCGCCAACGGUGCAGAAGUCGCGUGUUUUGACCAAGCUUCAGUCGGCGGUGCAUGUGCCUGAGGGCGGAACCGUUUACGACUGCGUCUGGUUUCCGCAGAUGAACAGCCAGCAACCGGACUCCUGCUUCUGGCUGGCCACGCGACAGCACGAGCCUAUUCAUAUGUGGGAUGCCUUCGACGGCACACUGCGAUGCAGUUACAGCGGGUACGAUGCCGUGGACGAAGUUAUGGCGGCAAUAUCGUUGGCCUUCUCCCACGACGGCCAGAAGAUAUACGCAGGAUAUAAGCGGUGCAUCAAGAUCUUCGAUACCAGCAGACCCGGACGACUGUGCGACGAUUACCCAGUGAAGUUCGCCAUCUCCUGUAUUGCCCAGACCAGCGAGCACCCCAAUACCUUGACCUGCGGCAACUGGCACGGCUACAUCCAGCACUUUGACCUUCGCUGCAACCCCAAGCAGGGCCUUCUUUUUACGCUGGGCGGGCAUAAGAGCGGCAUUACCCAGCUACGAUAUGGCGGGGAAGGACACGGAAACUGGCAUUUGUUCAGUGGAGCCCGCAAAUGCGGAAAGAUCUUGCAGUGGGACAUGCGAAAUUAUAAGAAGCCGCUAGCCGAGUUUCAGCGCCAUGUAGACACCAACCAGCGCAUCCAGUUCGACAUCACCAGCGACCGUCGCUGGCUUACAAGCGGCGACACUCGAGGUAGCCUAAACGUUUGGGAUCUGCAUGGAGAAGGAGAGGCCUCCGUGCUGCCGAUACACUCCGAUUGCUGUAACGGAGUGGCCCUCAACCCACUAAUGCCAGUUCUGGCCACCAGCUCGGGGCAGUACCACUUCACAGGCCCAAAUGCUCAUGGGGACAAUGUUACUUGGAACGGCUCUGUAGCGACUGAAGAGGUGUCACCCGAGACCAAUCCACCGGAGACGGAAGUGGUCUACGAAAACGCAGUUAUCAUGUGGUGGAGUGACAGCAUUUCACCGCAUUAAAUAGAAACGUAUUUAAG